CCCAGUUAAGAUUUGAGCUACUAUCACCGUAGCGCUUCAUAUAUUUACAAUAUUUGUUUGCCUUGCUUUAGCAGGUUCACUAGUGGUAAUAUUAACCAGGCGGUUCUCCGGUUUUUUGCUGUGCUAAAACUGUUCUUGUAAAAAAAAAAAAAAAAAAAGUCAAUGCGUUACGCGUACGAUUUACAAACAGAAUAUCUAUUUUGUUCAUGGCGUUUUCCGUUUUUAUUUUCAAUUUCUAUUCAUAUGCAUCAGAGGAUAAAUCUGAUACAUGCCGACGCCGUUCAUAAGCACAAGAUGCUUUAAAAAUCUGUGGCAGGAAUAACCAAGGGUCAAAUUGCUUAUGUCUGCGUGCAAUGGAAAAACGAAUCGCAACGGAUAGUUGCUUAUUUAAGCCAUAUAAAUGUUUUUUUUAUACAAAAUGUUAUUUACAUUUCUCAGUUUAUGUCUUAUUUUUUCAUGGUUCUUUUAUUCAAUGCCGUCACUUAAGGCUUGAAUCUCGCAUACAAGCAAAGCGGAACCAAAGUUGAAUCAUGUUUCGAGUCGAACGCUGUUGUGAAACGGACGCGUGUUGCCGUUGCUGUGGAGUCGUUUAUAUGAAAAGCUAGUUGGCAGCAAGUGGUUGCAAGACAAUGACAACGAAAGAGAGAACUCUGCUGGGCGAUGGUGACUUGGUUGAGAUGGAGGAUUUGGACGCAGAAGAUUUUGCAUUAUCCAACUCCUCCGAUGCAGACGCCGCGUUUGACGCUGUCAUCGGGAACAUUGAGGACAUUAUCAUGGAAGAGCAGUUCCAGGGGCUUCAGCAGAGCUUCAUGGAGAAGUACUACCUGGAGUUUGACGACUCGGAGGAAAACAAGCUCAGCUAUACGACCAUAUUCAAUGAAUAUAUCGAGCUCCUGGAGAAACACAUAGAAAAGGAGCUGAUGGCGAGGAUCCCUGGUUUCUGCAUGAAUGCCUUCACGGAUUCACUCAACACAAGGAUGAAGUCUCAGGAGAUAUCUUCGACAUGCUACUCACCUUUACUGACUUCCUGGCCUUUAAAGAAAUGUUUCUGGACUAUAGAGCGGAAAGGGAAGGACGUGGUUUGGACCUCAGUAGCGGGCUAGUGGUGAAGUCUCUGAGCAGCUCCUCCUCCACGCCCAUCAGCGCAUGCACGACAUCGGGGCUGCACUGACAGGAGGAUUUUCCUGAGGAGCCCCGUUCAGUUCUCAGGAGCACAUGAUUCCUGGUGGCUGAUGCACACGUUCCACCCUCUCCCCUUCAGCUACAAACACACCCACAUGCCUUUGAACAGUUCCCAGCUGACAACACGAGCACAAAUGCUAACUCAAUAUGCUAAGUCUUACAUCACUUUGUAAGGACUGCCCACGCAAAAUGACAAUCUGUAAGAAACUUCCCUGAAGAGUGAAUGCUGCUGUCUUUCUCUGGAAGCUGGUUUUUGCUUAAAGAUCAUUUCUGAUGUUUUUUUGGAAACAGUAGCUUUGGUUUAAUUUUUAAACGGACUGUAGCGUGUACAUACUGAGGGGGACAAUGCGUUUCUAGGCUUUCAAAACAAUUUACUUGAAUUCCUAUUUUACCCUGUAGGGGGUGCGUGUGAAGCGUCUGUAUGUGUUAGAUUCAGAUUGCUUAAGUGAAGGUAAGCACUCUCAUCGAUGUUAUACACCGGCUGUAUACUUUGUGCACUCUGGUGAAUGUGCUGUGCUUUGCUUGUGUUUUGUAAGUGGUAGUCACAUUUAGUGGUGUGUUUCUAUAGAGAAAAUGAUUCCCAUUUUCCUAUGGAUAAAGCCGCAGCGAGGCGCUGAAGUUCCUGAGCACAGAACGUUCGUCCGCCGCGUUUCAGCGGCUCUCCAUUACCGCCGUACCGUCACGCCGCCUGAUGUACGGGACGCCAGCCUCCCAAGGGGCCGUAUCGCCUUUGGGGGCUUCCCACUUCUCAUUCCGGCAGACCGCUGCCUCUUCUCUGCCUGGCUUUGUAGCGUUCGGGGUUAAUGUGAUUGUGAUUCAUUGUUGUUCUUUUUGUUAAAGAACUUUGUCAUCCA